AGGAGCUGCACGGCCAUGACCAAGAUGAGGGGAAUCCUGAUCCUGGGGCUCUUGAUGGCUACUUCCAGCUGCCUUGGCUUCUUGGAGGACCUGUUCAAGUGCUUUCAGGACCCCGAAUAUGAGUCCAUCCUUGUCACGGCGCAGAAGGGGCUCCACACCUCCCCGCUGCCCAAGCGCGUGGUAGUAGUGGGAGCUGGCAUGUCAGGCCUAGUGGCGGCCAAGGCCCUACAGGAUGCUGGUCACCAGGUAACCAUCCUGGAAUCCAGCAACCGCAUCGGGGGUCGAGUUAGCACAAUCAGGAACAAGGAGGAGGGCUGGUACCAUGAACUAGGGCCCAUGCGAAUCCCAGAGUCCCACAGGUUGAUUCACACCUACAUCAAGAAGCUUGGCCUGAAGCUGAACAAGUUCAUACAGUAUGAUGGCAACACCUGGUACCUCAUCAACGGGCGACGCCAUCGCAGCAAGGAGGUCCAGGACCAUCCAGAGAUCCUGGGCUAUUCCUUGAGCCCAACAGAGGAGGGAAAAAGCCCUACAAAGCUCUUCCACCAGUCCAUUGCCCAGCUCAAAGAAAAAUUGAAAAAUUUCAACUGCAGCCAACUGCUGUCCUUUUAUGAUUCUUACUCCACCAAGGCUUACUUGGUGAAGGAAGGAAAACUGAGCGAAGGAGCAGUAAAGAUGAUCGGAACUGUGAUGAAUGAGGAUUCUGGAUACUAUAAGUCCCUCCUAGAGUCCCUGCGGAGUAGCGUCAUCUUCUCCCAAAGUAACAACUUUUCUGAGAUCACUGGUGGCUUCGACCAGCUCCCCAAAGCCCUCAGCACUACCCUGAAGCCUGGAACCAUCCGCCUGGGUGCCAGCGUGGAGACGGUAGUGAGGGAUGGGUCCAAGGUCCGGGUUUCCUACCAGGUGGGCAAGCCCGGCUCAGUGCUGAACCACCUCACUGCGGACUUUGUCAUCAUCACGGCCUCAGCCAAGGCCACACGCCUCAUCACCUUUAAGCCACCGCUCUCCCAAGACAAGAGGGAAGCACUCCGCUUGGUGCAUUACACCAGUGCCACCAAGGUGAUCCUGACCUGUGAGGAGCCCUUCUGGGAGAGGGAUGGCAUCCGGGGUGGGUACUCUAUCACCGACCGGCCCUCGCGCUACAUCUACUACCCCAGCCACAGCUUCCCCAAUGGCAAGAGCAUCCUGCUGGCCUCCUACACUGUGGAUGACGACUCCCUCUUCUUCACCUCCAUAACACAUGAGCAGAUGGUGGAUGUGGUCCUGGAGGACCUGGCGGCUGUGCACCAGAUACCCAAGGACGAGCUGCGGCGUAUAUGCCCCUCUUCUGCGGCCAAACGCUGGUCUCUGGACCCCCUCACUUUGGGCGCCUUUGCUGAGUUCACACCCUACCAAUUUAUUGACUAUUCACAGGAGCUCUUCAAGCCCGAGGGCCGCAUCCACUUUGCAGGCGAGCACACCUGCACGCCUCAUGGCUGGAUAGACACUGCCAUCAAGUCCGGCCUGCGGGCAGCCAGGAAUAUCCAGGCCGCUGUAGAUAAGGAAGCCACAGGAGAGCAGAAGACCUUCCCUAACACCCAGAACCAGGUCUAACCCAGAAAGAAAUCCCCGAGGGAACCUGGCAGGAAAAGUGCUGGGAGGUAGGAGCUGGAGGCAGAGACCCAGGAGAGAGGUCACCAUUCAUCCCCCUGGUCCACAAGCAAGAAUCCAAAAAUGCCAAAGAAUCAGCUGGCAAGUCCACAAAGAAUCACACCUUUUCCUGUUUUUCUCCCAUGCCCGGCCUUGAGGAGGGAAGCAACGGAAUCAGCGUAUAUGGAGCGUAAGGAACAAAUCAAGGAUGGUAAA